AGCGCUGGGAGUUGUAGUUCCCUUCUCUCCGCCCUGCCCCCGGAGCUGCCCGCGGGGCUGCGGCUUUCUGCCCGCCUGGAGCGAGAGGGGAAGGACGGGGCACGGCUCCGGCGUGAGGGGAUCUGUUUCCAUACACAGAAAAGCAGACAAAAAUGUGAAGAAAGAAGAGUGAUGUUUAUGCUAUAAAUACCUCCAAAAAACCCAACAAGCCUUCCGGAGUGGAUGUGUUUACAGUCUCCGGGGAUGAUAAUAGGAAGGACACCGGGCUGAAGACUGGGACACUGAGAAACAGAAAAGAGACUUUCCUUGCAGUCAGACACAGAUGAGUAUGGAUGGACUUAUCCUGCCUUGAUCCCUCAUUAGGAGUUUUCUCCCCUGACUGUGAAAACAAUCACUGGGAACAUCAUUGCCUCUGGAAGGCACCUGAGCCAGCGGACACCAGCUGAAGACUUUGACUCCAGUUUGCUUCCUGAUCCCAAAUUCAGCCCCUCUUACAGCUGGAAACAAAGAUGGAUAAGAUACUGGAAGCUGUGGUGAUGUCCUCAUACCCCAACAAUGUGAAGCAAGGGCUUGUGAGGCGCGUCAUUGAGGCAUCAAAGCAGCCCAUGGACAGCGAGCAAUGCUGGUCCAUGCUGGAGCUGUGCACCAAGCUUUAUCUCGUGGGAGACACAAAAUAUAAAAGAGAGAUCGGGAAAGAGGUUUUGGAGGUCUAUGGUCACUACCACCCAGAGGAAUUUGAGGAGUUCUUCAAUGUCCGCUUCCUACUGAGUCUCCUCCAGGAAGGCUACGGGCCUCUGGGGAAGAGAAGCCAUUAUGUACUUGAUUAUAUCCAGUUAGGACUGCAGUUUGUCUUGGAAAGUCCAUCAGCAAACAGCAUUUUUAGCUUAUUGAGGAUCGAGGUGCUCCGGAAGGUCUGUGAGAGGCCCAGCCCCAAGCAGUGUGCAAAGAUCAGCAAACUCUUAACUCAGCAUCCUCAGUGCAUCCCCACAGGCAAACACCAGGUCCUGUUUUGUCAGCAGCUGAUACGGUGCAUUGGGCAGUUUCAGUGUGUCUCUGAGGGGGAAGAUGACAUCAUGGAGUUUUUGGAGCAGGUGAACAAGGUGAGCGGUCUGCUGCAGAGGAUCUGGAGGACUCAGACCUCGGCCAUCCUGCCCUCACUGAAGGAGCUGUUCACUAUCAUUUCUUCAACAGAGGAGCAGGAGGUGCCAUCCAAUGCCUUGGCCAGCGUGGUCCAAUUUGUCCCUCUGGAGCUCAUGGAUGGUGUCAUAAGAAACCUAACCAAUGAUGACAGCAUCACCGAUGUGCAAAUGAUGAUGGCCAUUGGCAGGAUGAUCGACUGGGUAUCAUGGCCCCUGGGAAAGAACAUAGACAAGUGGAUCAUUGCUCUGCUGAAGGGUUUGGCUGCAGUGAAAAAGUUCAGCAUCUUGAUUGAAGUUACUCUUUCAAAAAUUGAAAAGGUCUUCUCCAAGCUGCUGUACCCCAUUGUGAGAGAGGGAGCUUUGUCUGUCCUACAGUACAUGCUCUUGAGCUUCCAGCACUCCCAUGAAGCGUUUCACUUGCUGCUCCCUCACAUCCCCAGGCUGGUGGCAUCGCUGAAGAAGGAGGACUCCAACUCUGCCACCAGCUCCCUGGAGCAGCUGGCUGAGCUCAUACACUGCAUGUUCUUCCGCUUCUCAGGAUUUCCAGAUCUCUAUGAACCAGUGUUGGAAGCUAUAAAAGCUCUUCCAAUUCCAAACGAAGACCGGAUUAAACAUCUCUUGGGGCAGAAUGCUUGGACUUCCCAGAAGAAUGAGCUGGCCUGCUUCUACCCACGCCUGGCCUCCAAAUCAGAGACAGGGAAGAUCGGCUUAAUUAACUUGGGAAACACUUGCUACAUGAACAGUGUCAUACAGUCUCUUUUCAUGGCUUCGGACUUUCGGCAUUCAGUGUUGAAUUUAACUGAGGGCAACUCCCAGCCCCUGAUGACAAAACUCCAGUGGCUCUUUGCAUUUUUGGAGCACAGUCAGCGACCUGCCAUCUCACCUGAGAGCUUCUUCUCUGCCUCCUGGCCACCCUGGUUUACCCCCGGUGCUCAGCAGGACUGCUCGGAGUAUCUCAAGUACCUCCUGGAUCGAUUACAUGAAGAAGAAAAAACUGGAAAGAGGAUCUACCAGAAGCUCAAGGAAUCCAGCUUGAUGUCUCAAGCCAUGGAGCAUCAUUCCUUAAACAAGACAUUGAUCGAGAAGAUGUUUGGGGGAAAAAUGAUGACAAAGAUUCGUUGCUUGAAGUGUCUGAACAUCUCCUCUCGAGAAGAAGCCUUCACAGAUCUGUCGUUGGCGUUCCCCCCGCCAGAUAGGCCCAUAUGCAGGCUGGGAAGCACCUCUGUUUUACCCGUGGAAGAAAUCGGCCCACAGUUCAUUGAGCCCCCCAAAACCCCAAGCCAGCCAACAGGGUCUCCCUGGGUCCGGAGGAAGCCCCCCGUGUCUGGAGAUCCCGCAGCCCAACCGGUGCUGGUGGAAACACUGGGUUUUCGGGAGCCCAGAGAAACAGCACAUCCCUUAAGCAACAAUGCUGUUGGUGUGGAUACCAAAGAUCCUCACUUGGCUUUUGGGGAGCAGACAUGUGCUCCUAAGGACUCCCGAUCUGUCCCGGAUUUAAUCAACUAUUUUCUGUCCCCAGAGAGAUUGACAGCAGACAAUAAAUACCACUGUGAGAAAUGUGCUUCCUUGCAGGAUGCUGAGAAGGUGGCAGAGCUGACAGAGGGCCCACACUACCUCAUCCUCACACUGCUGCGGUUCUCCUUCGACCCGCAGACCAUGAAGAGGAGGAAGAUCCUGGACAAUGUCUCCAUCCCUGUGGUGCUCAAACUGCCCAUUCUCGUCUCUUCAGAGGAAACUGAGGACAUCUGUUGGCAUGGGAAGGACAGGUCUGACCUGGGCAGCACCUUCGUGUCCGCUGUGUAUGAUCUCUGCAGCGUGGUGGUGCAUUCGGGCAUCUCCUCCGAGAGUGGCCACUAUUACUGCUACUCCAGAGAGUGCACUGAUACGGUGCCCCAUGCACAGCCCCGGGAUGGGACUCCAAAACCGGCUUCUGACAAGCAGCUGGACUUUGAAAUCCCAUGGUACCUCUUCAAUGACACCAGGGUUUCCUUCUCCUCCUUUGAAUCAGUCAGCAAUGUGACUUCUUUCUUCCCCAAGGACACUGCCUACGUGCUCUUCUACAGGCAGCGGUUGGGCAGGCCAAGCUCCCCACUGCACGAGGCUGUGGCAGAAGCCAGCCACCUGCACAGCGAACCCUCCCUCAAUAAGGACUUGAUGGAAGCCAUCUCCAAAGACAACAUCCUCUACUUGCAGGAGCAGGAAAAAGAGGCAAGGAACAGAGCUGCCUACAUUUCCACCUUGCCAAAAUCCCCGCUGUGGUGGAGAGACUUUGAGAGGGACAAGGACGAUGACAGCUCAUCAGGAGGAUGCAGUCCUGCGGGGGGUGGAGGUGGAUCUGGCUCUUUCCAUGGACUCGUCUUCUAGCAAUUGGUAUCUAGCAGACAGCACGUGUCCAUGGGGCUGACCCGAAGCUGGAGGCUCCUCUUUCUCACCUCGGUAACAGCAAGCAACUCAGGAGAGGAUUUGGGGAACAAUGCAAUGGAAGAAGACUCAGGGGCUGAUUUGUAGACUGUUGCUGGCACCUUGAAGAUCCUACUGCUUCCUAUGCACUUAAUGCCUUAAAUUAACCCUUGCAGCUGAGCGCCUACGGAGACAAGCGUCUGCCAACAGCUUGGAGAAGUGCCCUUCUGCUUCAGCGUAGCACUGUCAUGCCUGCUGCCACCAGCCUGGGGAGGGGUGAGGAUGGACCCAGCAAUGCCUGGGGGAUGGAGACCUCCCACACGCAUCCCCUCUGCAGUCCUUCCUGUGGCACUGAGUUCUGGGGGACCUUUCCUGAGUUGUUUUAUUUUAAUGAGCUUUUGCCAGCCCACCUUGAGGCGCACCUAAUGGUGGGAAAAGCCCGAAUAAGGCCCAGCAGUCAACACUGCAGUGCCAGUAUUCCGAGGUGGUAACCUUGCAAGCAUGGUGGCACUGAGCAGCAGCAGGACAACCUGGACGAUGCUGAAGGUCACAAACUGCCCCCAGCUAUGAGAGACUGAGCAGCUCUGGUUGGUUCUUUAGGGCUCCAUUGGGCCCUUCUUAUGUCACUGGUGACCUCUGGAUGCUGUGAGUGGACACGGCAGUCCCAGCUGUUUGUCCACAUGUGUCUUUAAGACUUGGUUACUCUGGUGUUUCCUGGUUUCUGGGCCUGAUCUGGCAGGCUUGACAACUGGGCUUUCUUCUAGGAUGCCUUGAGCUAAGACCCCGAAACCCACCAGCUAUUUCCUAAAAUACUGAUUUGCUAGGAAAGGAACCCAACCAGAUUCACUGUACGCACCCUAUAUAAGUACAUACUAUGUAAAGCAGUGCUUUCUGCAUAAUCAGCCACAGAACGGGGGCUGAUUUGGGUGGCAGGAGCCAACACAAGCCCUGGGCAGUGUAUCUAUAGGAUCGUAGCUCCAUCCUACAGUGCCCCUAGCCCACUGUCCCAACCUGCUUCUUACUUGCAUUUCUAGUAAAGGUAGCUUGAGCUCAAGUGGCAGAAGUGUGUGCCUUCGGUGCCGUGUGUGGGCCCUAAUUUUGACUGUGGGGUGUCAGGGGAGCACUGUGUUGCUGUGGAGGAGAAGACAAAGCACAGCCAUUGCUACGGGGGAUGUAAGCAAAGGAUUGAAUCUCUUGGUGUAUAUAUUCUUUUAUUUUCAUCCCUACAUAUAAAUAAAGGAAAUCAAUUCAAUAUUA